AUGUCACUUUUUCUCUUGCAGGCGCUCCAGCUGUGCUUCGUCUGCUGUGCGUGGGUCGCCGCAGCCUUAGCCAGUGACAGUGGCGGCGGAUUAAACGACGGUUACGUCUUUGUUACGCCAGUGGAAGUGGACUCGGGCGGGUCAUACAUUUCUCACGACAUCUUGCACAGUGGCAGGCGAAGGCGAGCGGCACAGAGUGCCGGCAGCUCCCUGCACUACCGAUUUUCAGCAUUUGGACAGGAACUACACUUGGAACUUCAGCCCUCAACGAUUUUGAGCAGUCACUUCAUCGUCCAGGUACUUGGCAAAGAUGGUGCUUCGGAGACCCAGGAAGGUUUGGUGCAGCCGUGUUUCUAUCAGGGACUCAUCAGAAAUGACAGGUCCUCCUUGGUGGCAGUGUCUACGUGUGCCGGCUUGUCGGGUUUAAUAAGGACGGGAAGAAACGAGUUCCUCAUCUCACCGUUACCUCAGCUGCUGGCUCAGGAACACAACUACAGCUCCCCCGCGGGCCACCAGCCGCACGUACUGUACAAGCGGGCGGCUGAGGAGAAGGUGCAGCGGUAUCGUGCCCACCCUGGCUCCAGCUGGAAUCAGCCUGGCCACGCCCCAGGCCACGUUCCCCACGCCCCCCAAAGUCAAGAAGCCCGGCACUACCCUCGAAGGUUGCAAAAGCAGCAUUUUUGUGGACGACGCAAGAAAUAUGCUCCCAAGCCUCCCACAGAGGACAGCUAUCUAAGGUUUGAUGAAUACGGGAGCUCAGGGCGACCGAGAAGAUCAGCUGCAAAGUCACAGAAGGGCCUCAGUGUGGAAACGCUAGUGGUAGCAGACAAGAAGAUGGUAGAGAAACAUGGCAAAGGAAAUGUCACCACGUACAUUCUUACGGUCAUGAACAUGGUUUCCAGUCUAUUUAAAGAUGGAACCAUUGGAAGUGACAUAAACAUCGUGGUGGUCAGCCUCAUUCUUCUGGAGCAAGAACCUGGAGGAUUGACAAUCAACCACCAUGCGGACCAAUCUCUGAAUAGUUUCUGUCAGUGGCAGUCUGCCCUCAUUGGGAAGAAUGGCAAGAGGCAUGAUCAUGCCAUCUUACUCACAGGCUUGGAUAUUUGUUCAUGGAAGAAUGAGCCAUGUGACACUUUAGGGUUUGCCCCCAUCAGCGGAAUGUGCAGUAAGUACCGAAGCUGUACCAUCAAUGAGGACACAGGACUUGGCCUGGCCUUCACCAUUGCUCAUGAGUCGGGGCACAACUUUGGCAUGGUUCAUGAUGGAGAAGGCAACCCCUGCAGGAAGGCUGAAGGCAACAUCAUGUCUCCUACACUGACGGGAAACAAUGGCGUGUUUUCCUGGUCUUCGUGUAGCCGGCAGUAUCUCAAGAAAUUCCUUAGCACACCUCAGGCUGGGUGCCUCGUGGAUGAGCCCAAGCAAAUAGGACAGUAUAAAUAUCCGGACAAACUCCCGGGACAGAUUUAUGAUGCCGACACACAGUGCAAGUGGCAGUUUGGAGCCAAAGCCAAGUUGUGCAGUCUCGGGUUUGUGAAGGACAUCUGCAAAUCACUCUGGUGCCAUCGAGUGGGCCACAGGUGUGAGACCAAGUUUAUGCCUGCAGCAGAAGGGACUGUUUGUGGCUCGAGUAUGUGGUGUCGGCAAGGCCAGUGUGUGAAGUUUGGGGAGCUUGGACCACGUCCCGUGCAUGGCCAGUGGUCAUCUUGGUCGAAGUGGUCAGAAUGUUCCCGGACGUGCGGCGGCGGAGUCAGAUUUCAGGAAAGACACUGCAAUAACCCCAAGCCUCAGUACGGUGGCAAGUUCUGCCCAGGGUCUAGCCGUGUUUACCAGCUGUGUAACAUUAACCCUUGCCAGGAAAAUAGCUUGGACUUUCGAGCUCAGCAGUGCGCAGAAUAUAACAGCAAGCCUUUCCGUGGAUGGUUCUACCAGUGGAAGCCCUACACAAAGGUGGAAGAGGAAGACCGGUGCAAACUGUACUGCAAGGCUGAGAAGUUUGAGUUUUUUUUUGCAAUGUCUGGCAAAGUGAAGGACGGCACUCCUUGUUCGGCGAAUAAAAAUGACGUUUGUAUUGACGGGAUUUGUGAACCAGUUGGAUGUGAUCAUGAACUUGGCUCUAAAGCAGUUGCAGAUGCAUGUGGUGUUUGCAAAGGUGAUAAUUCGACUUGCAAGUUUUACAAAGGCCUGUACCUCAACCAGCAGAAAGCAAAUGAGUAUUACCCAGUGGUCGUCAUCCCAGCUGGGGCCCGAAGCAUCGAAAUCCAGGAGCUGCAGGUCUCCUCCAGCUAUCUCGCUGUCCGAAGCCUCGGCCACAAGUAUUACCUCACAGGGAGCUGGAGCAUCGACUGGCCUGGGGAGUUCACUUUCGCCGGGACCACGUUCGAAUACCAGCGCUCCUUCAGCCGCCCAGAACGUCUGUAUGCUCCGGGACCCACAAAUGAGACGCUGGUCUUUGAAAUUCUGAUGCAAGGCAAAAAUCCAGGGAUAGCUUGGAAAUAUGCACUUCCGAGGACCGUGAAUGGCACACAGCAAGCCGCCGAACGCCAGCGCCACGCCUGGAGUACCGUGCACUCCCACUGCUCCGUCUCCUGCGGCGGAGGUUAUAUCAGCAUAAAAGCCGUCUGCUUACGAGAUCACACACUGCAAGUCAAUUCCACGUUCUGCAAUGCCAGAACCAGGCCGGCCACUGAACCCAGGAUGUGCAAUGCUUUCUCCUGCCCAGCCUACUGGAUGCCGGGAGAAUGGAGCGCAUGCAGCCAGUCGUGCGCCGGCGGCCAGCAGAGCCGGAAGAUCCAGUGCGUGCAGAAGAAGCCUUUCCGAAAGGAGGAAGCCGUGCUGCACUCCCUGUGCCCAGUGAGCACACCCACACAGGUUCAAGGCUGCAACAGCCAGCCCUGCCCGCCAGAGUGGAGCCCUGGGCCCUGGUCUCAGUGUUCAAAGACCUGCGGGCGAGGAGUGAGGAGGAGAGAGCUUGUGUGUAAAAGCUCUGCGGCUGACACGCUCCCUGAGACCCUGUGUGCUGACACCCCAAGGCCUGAGACCCAGGAGGGCUGCGUGCUGGGGCGCUGUCCCAAGAACAACCGGCUGCAGUGGGCCCCCUCUUCGUGGAGCGAGUGUUCUGCCACCUGUGGUGUGGGUGUGAGGAAGAGGGAAAUGACAUGCAGCGAGAGGACCUUUGAAGGCAAGCUCCUCACUUUCCCGGAGCGAAGGUGUCGCAACGUUAAGAAACCGCUCCUGGACUUGGAAGAGAGCUGCCGUGGAAGGCCUUGUCCAGCCCGUCCAGCCGGAUGGUACUCCUCCCCCUGGCAGCAGUGCACGGUCACCUGCGGUGGAGGUGUGCAGACCCGAUCCGUGCACUGUGUCCACCAGGGGCGCCCUUCCUCCAGCUGUCUGCUCCACCAGAAACCUCCGGUGCUGCGAGCCUGUAAUACCAACUUCUGCCCAGCUCCUGAAAAGAAAGAAGAUCCAUCCUGCAUCGAUCUCUUCAGCUGGUGCCGCCUGGUGCCUCAGCAUGGAGUCUGCAACCACAAAUUCUACGGUCAGCAGUGCUGCAAGUCAUGCACAAGGAAGAGCUGA